AUGAUUCACGAGUUUAUUGAUAAUAACAAAAAGAAAAUAAUCAAAAGUAAAAAGUUAUUAUUUAACGAUUAUUCAUCAGUUAAAAAUUCUUCCGACGGUACCAAUUUUCAAGCCAAUCACAGCGAAUGUGAUAGCAAAGAUAUUGAUAAUGAAUCAAGUCAUGUAUCAUCGGAUCAAAAAUCUUCGAAAUUAGUAUCAAAAUACAAAAAAUCCGUGGAAGAUUUAAAAUUAAAAACAGAAACGGAUCGAACUGAUGAUAUACCAUGUGUAUUAAACAGUCAACCUGGGGGGGUAGAUCAAACGGAUACCAACACACAAUGCAGCACAGAUGGACCUUUGACUCAAGAUACGAAACCUCUAACCGUAUUUUGGGUCAAUCCUCGAAAAUCAUCAGAAUCAACAGUUAGUAAUUUAGAAAUUAAAAUCGCAACGAAAAAUAACUUUGAUGUAUCUCACGCACCUGUAAAUUGUGGGGUUAAUCGCGUUGAAAAAAAUCGGGAAGAUGGAAAAAAAAGACUGCAAAUUCAAACGUUAAAACAAAAAAAUAAAAAUAAAAAACGAAACGCGAUGGAAUCGUUUUAUUCUAGUAAUCAACACGAUCCCAGCAAAAAUAUGGAUCAAUUUCUAGAAGCAAAAGCACGAGAUAUAAUAAAUAAUUAUACGAAAAAAGAGGUUCACACGGUGUCUUCAGACAUGAAACAACUCGAAGCUAAACUCAUUAUAUUGGCAUCCAAAUGUCGAGGUUCGGAUACGGGUAAAUUAUCAGCACAAGAAUUCAGAUUACUUCAAAAAGUCAAACAACAAAUGGGUAACGAAGAAGAAUAUGAAAAAUUAAUGAAACAUAUAAAAGAAACAAAUUUUAAAGAAUGGUUAAAAAUAUCAAAUCCAAACAAGGAAAAAGAACACGAUGAAGAUGAAGCAGGAGAAGAAAGAGAAGGUGAAGAAGUAAAAGAAGAAGAAGGUAAACCGAGAAACGGAUCAAAUUUCAUAAAUGAUAAAUUUAAAAUAAUUUCCGAUAAAGAUUCAUUAAAAAGUACGGAUGUAAGUGAAAACGAUGUUAAGAAGCAAAUAAAUUCUUCAUCGAAUAAUAAAAAUAAUAAUAAUAAUAAUGGCGAAAGAAAAAAAGGUUUGCAAGAAUUAAAAAAUUAUUUCGAUAAAAAAAAAAUAAAAUUGAGUGGACGACAUUUUCUCGAUGAUGGCGAUGGUAAAAUUUUUAAACUUGACGAGUCCGAAUACGAUAAUAAAAAAAUAUUAUCAAAAGAUAAAAUAAUCGAACAAGAUUCAGCAUCCAUUUUUUCAACGGCAAAAGAUCAAAGAAAAUUUAAAUUUAUACCCUGUAACGAAGAAGUCGUUGAAAAAGCUGUGAGCGAAACUUUACAAAAAUUCAUGAGCCUUUAUCACUUUCAUAUUUCUCCAAACAUGAUAAGCAGCGUGAGAAAAAAUAUUUUACAAGCCAUGCAAGUAAAUAAUUUAAAUAAAAAAAUGAAAAAAAAAAAUCAAAAACGUGAUAACAACAACAUGGAAGAAGACUGUGAUAAAAAACCGGAUAAACCGAAAAAACCCGAGUGCGAUCUAACCUCCUCUUGCAAUUCCAAUAAUAAUAAUAAUAAUUCAAUUAAAGUACAAGAUGAAUUCGUUUUAAAUACAGUCGUACACGAAGAUAAUAAAUUAUUUUCAACGGAAACGAGUAAAAAAAACGAUUGUAAAAAUAUCGAAAUGGAUAAAUAUAAAAAAGAAAUCGAAACUCGUUUACGUUCGAUUUAUUGUCACGCCGAAGAAACCGGAUUUAAAAUAAAAAGUUUAAUUUUUGAAAAAAAUGAUAAUAAUUCAUCUUCAUCAUCACCUGAUAAAAUGCAUUUCGCUUAUAAUUAUUCUAAAAAAUCAUUGGAAGUUUUUAAUUGCGAUCGUUAUAAAUUUGAAACGGUUGAAAAAAUCAAAAGGAAAAGACGAAGCAAUAGAAACAGGAACAGAAGCAGUAGCAGGAGCAGUAGCAGCAGUAGUGGCAGUAAAAACACGACAAUCACCACCCCCACGACCACAGUCACAAAAGAUAUUCAUACUCAAACAUCAUCAUCAAACGUUUUACAAGAUAUUAAAAGUAAAAAAAGUCAAAACAUUCAAACAAUAGAUCCAUGUUAUAAAACGUGUCACGUUCAAACGAUAAAUUCCGAUAAUGAAAUAAAAGGUAUAACGGAAUUGGGUGAAUUUAAUUUAUUACCCGGAUUAUAUAGAAUGGUUAAAUCAAGAAAAGAUGAUUCUCCGAUGAUUUUCGAUAAAUCCCUCGCACCGAGUAUAUUAAUCGAUUCACCUGAUAUUAGGAAAUCAGAAAAAAAAUUUUUUCGUAAUUAUAUCGGGGAAUUGAUAAGGAAAAAUACCGGAUGUGAUUUAAAUGAAUUACAAAAGAUAUCCGUCGAAGCUGUCGGUGACACGCCUCUCAACACUUCAGGAAUGACGUCGGAAUCACUCAUGGAAGAAAACAUAUAUAGAAAAGACGAUGGAGACAUUGAAGUUGAUUUACAAAUUGAUCUUACGUUAAACGAUUUAGAAAAAAUAUUGCGGGGAAGGCAUAAAAGAUUGCGCAGACGACGACACAAAUGUAAAAUAAAAAGGGGAAAAAAAUUUUAUCCAGUUUAUCUCUCAAAUGUGGGUUAA